GGGGCUGAUAUGGCACAUGUUGUCUGCCAACCUACAGCUGCGAUUUCUAUAAAGAAUUAUUCGCCAGAUUUAAUGGUACAUCCUUAUAUGCGCAAAUCUGAAAAGACACCUGAUUUAACUCCCAAAGAGAUAAUAGAUAAUGUGACAUCGCUUUUUAAGCGCUUACACGUGCUGGUUGUUGGGCCUGGUUUAUCAAGAGAUAAGAUGAUGUUGGAGUGUGCUAAAG